AUGGCGUCUAGAAACUGAAAUAUUUGUAAACUCAGCCUGAAGUAGCAGCAAGCUAGCUUGUUCGUUUCGUUAGUUAUUUAUAUAUCUUAGACAACUGUCCAUUCAUUAUUUUGGACUGUGGAAGUAAAGGCAAUGUCACAUUUAACCGAAAGUUGGUAUUGCUGGUAAACGUUAACUAACGCUAACCGAUAUUAUUACAAAACCAUUCCACCCAAGAAGAUUUCAUUUUUGCAAGGAUGAUGUCUAAACUCAGCUUCAGAAGAAAUGAGAAAGUGCCAUUUAAGCACAUAGCUCAUGGCUUGAUCCCCGCCGCCACCAUUGCCCCCAGACCAGCAGUUCCCCGCACCCCUCCCCCUCGCAGUCCAUACCCCUCUCCAGAACGACCCAGAUCUGCGCUGGCUGCUGCCAUUUUGUCCUCGUCAUUAACUGGCCGCACAGUGGCCAUCCCUCCGCCGCGACAGAGGUCUUACUCCGAGAGUGAAUGCUCUCAUUCUGAAAACUGGACUGCUCUGGAGCCCUAUGCCAGUACUGCCGAGUUCACAAGGAGUCGGUGGUCUCAGUCUGAGGUUGUCAGGCCACGCUUGCCUUCCCCCGAACAAAUUGCUGGAUUGUAUGAUGAUGAAGAUGAUGAUGAAGAAGAGGAAGAGGUAGAAAGAAAUGUGCUCUCGGAUCCCGAUGAAGGCCACAUCUAUCAGUCUUUGGAAAGGCAGGGGAGGAGUCCAGUCAACAACAAGAUCUACGCAGUGCCAAAUAAACUGGGUGGAGGUCAGUGUGAGUUCAGUGACGGGACGGAUGAGUCUGCUUACGGUGUAGUGCCCACGCAGCUCGCAGAAGAGGACUCUGCUCGACGUGAAAGGGCUCCGUCAGUGAAAGUGGAGAGGCAGCUGACUUCUCAAAGGGCCGUAUCAUCUCCAGAUUUUGCGAAUGACUUGAGCAUGGAGUCCCCCAAAGCAAGCCGCUGCUCGCCGAGGAAGAGAAGCGCGUCCAAGAGGAGCUCAGUGAGAGACGCACAAACAGUAGCGGAGGAUGAGGCAAGCAGAGAGGUGGUGGAAAUGCAGAAGGAGUUGAUGCAAGGGUUGAGGGAACAGAACCAGCGUCUGGCCGCAGAGAAGCAGGCGCUGGCGCAGAAAUGCGAGCAGCAGGACCUCCUGCUGCAGAGGAGCCAGGAGCGGCUGCAGCAGCUGGAGCAGCACCGCCCGAGGCUGCAGGCCUCCAGGGACCCCAGCCCCUCUGCAGGUGAACGGGCUGAACUGCACGCCCUCCGCCAGCAGGCCCAGGAGCUGGUGGAUGAGAACGACGGCCUUAAAAUGACUGUGCAUCGCCUCAACGUGGAGCUGAGCCGAUAUCAGGCCAAAUUCAGACCGCUGUCUAAGGAAGAGAGCACACGGAUCAGCGCCUUGCCACCGAAAGGACCCGCGCCUCCCUGGCUGCUGGACACAAAGUAUUUGUCUCCUUUGUUGCUGGCUUAUGAGGACAGGAUCAGUGAGAAAGGGUCUCUGUUACAGGAUUGUGAGGAGGAGCUGAAGAGGUUCCGCGAACGUGUUGAGCAGGUGGUGCAGGAGAACGAGAAGCUCCAUGAACAAUUGGGGAAGACGAGGGGUGUCAGUCAGAAGGAGUGGCGCCAGCUGCAGGACCAGGCCAAGCUGGUGCUGAAGGAGAACCAGGUCCUGAUGGAGCAGCUGGAAGUGCAGCAGGCCAAGUCCAAGGACAGCCACAGUCGGCAUCUGCAGGAAGUGUCCAAAGUUACCAAGGAGCUGAUGCUGCUGGAGGCGGAGAAGGAGGGCCUACAGGAGGAGCUGCAGGAGGCGCGUGGGGAGCUGCAGCAGGCCCGCUCCUCCCUGGAGGGAGCAGUCAGCUGGGAGGAGCACUGCGCCAUCACCAACAAACUGAAACGGCUGCUUGAGCAAGAGGAGGAGAGGAGGAAGAGUGAAGUGGAGGACCUGAUGAGCCGAGUAUCAUCCCUUCAGACGGAGAAGAAAAGUCUGUUGCUGGAGAAGACCAAGCUCGCGGCAGACACGAAGAGCAUGGAGGAGGAGCUGGAAAUGUCGCGCCAUGCUAACAGAAAAGCUCAGAGGAAGGUCGGCCUGCUGAAGCAACAGAUGGAGGACUCGCUGGACAAGGAGCUGCUGGCCCACCAGUACCUGAGCGGCGUGGUGGCCCUGGCAGAGAAGACCACGCAGGAGCGGGACCAGCUGAUACACAUGGCCUCCACUCUGGAGCAGGACAAGCAGGGGGUGCUCGCCCAGAUCAUCCAGGGCACUCUGCGCCUGGGGAAGCUGCAGGAGAAGGUGAAGGUGUACAAAAAGCAAGCGGCCGCCAGGCUGGGGGUGCUGGGCCACCGGCUGCUGGAGCAGGAGGACGACUUCGCCGGGAAGGCAGCGUCCUACCAGAGAGAGAUCCGCCACCUCCAGCGGCUGCUGCGCGACAAGCAGGAAGCGCUGGACGGAGCGCUGCAGCAGAAAAGAGCCGCCGAGGGCGAGCUGGAGAUCGUCUGGGAGUCCACGGCCAGGGAGAACCUGCGCAUCAAGGAGGCCCUGCUGGAGUCCCUCACCAAGGACAGCCUGGCGGAGGCGCUGGACCGAUCCUCGCCCCCUCACGCGGGGCUGCAGGCGCUGGGGCUCGUCCAGGGGCCUACGUUGGGCUGCUGGUCCCAGCAGCAGCAGCAGGAGGAGGAGGAGCCCUUUCCCUCUCCGCUGACCCGCCCGGGGGGCUCCGCCCCCCCUCCCCUGACGUCCCGCCGGAGCGCGGCCGUCCCAGGGCUCCACCGCAGCCCCAUGUUCGAGUCCGACUCGGACCAGCAGCAGAACCCGUCCUCCGACGAGAGCGAGAAGAACGGCUUGGACUUCUACUCGUAGACCCGCUUGGGCUGACCCAGCGCCGAGCUACAGACUAAUCUACACCCCCGCACACGCUCUGAAGUCUAAAUAUGAGUCCCUGCAUUGGCUUAUGUCUGGCUGGGAGCUGUGUGCCAUGCACGGAUACCCAUAGGAAUGCUUCUUUCAUAUAAAAUCAGGCUUAUCUGUAGAAUUCAGUUUUUCUUAGGAUUAGAUACGUACAUUUAAGAGUUUAACAUUUCAUUAUGUGUGGCGUACACUGGAUGAUAUUAUUAUCCUUAUAAACUGAAUCAAAAUCUCUCCAAUCAAUAGACUUUUCCACAAGUUGCUUGAUGAUACGUAUUUUAUUGAGCUCAUGUUCACACUAGGAGGUACCUAUCAUCUAGAAUGCUGGAUCUGUAAUGCUUUUUAACAUUUGAUGUAGCAAGGGAUGUAUCUCUGCUCUUAUCUGACUUUCUGUGGCAUACAGGGUGUACACGUUGCCAAAACAGGGUGCAUUUUGUUCUUCACAGUAAGUGCAUGAAAGAUUUUGUGAAGGAGGCUGACUUGCACAUGCAGAACAGAGAUAGGUACCAGUGUUACCAAAGAAUUUUAUGAUUGCCAAUUUUGCAUUUGACCAAGUUGUUCCACUGUCUUUAUCAGUGGUAGGAAAAUUAUACGGGUCACACCCCAGACAUACAGUUUGAUUAUGGGUUGACCAGUGUCAAAACAAGAUGUUAUGCUUUAUAAGAUACAUACUAUAUUAAGGGCAAUACAGUGUAUCCAGCUUUUGAAAGUGAUCUCUGGCCUUUCAAAAAUAAUUUGCCCUGAAAUGUCUUGUGUAGUAAGAAUGUUUUUCAUGUAUUUAUAAGUUUUGUCUGUUCUGUUUGUACAUCAGGAAUAGAUGUUUGCUGGCUGGCAUAUUUUUAUAUGAUUUCAAGAGAUUUACUUGCUUGAUUUUGAGCACUGCUGGUAUGUUGAAAUACCUAAGACAACUAAAUGUUUAAUACAUUUGUGAUCUUCAUUCUUCAGUGCACACAUUGCAGUCAUAGUGAGUAAUCAAACUCAAAAUAGCUCUUAAUCUUCCAAAUGUAGUGAGCUCCAUAAUGUUUGGGACAAAGGACUCUUGACUAUUCUAACUAUUCACAAGUUGUCCAUGGGCGAAUUCUCAGCUUUUAUUAAAGGUUAUUGUUAUUUUUUUGGUUUCACCAUGUAGAAAUCACAGCACCAUAAUGUUUGGGACAAAUGGCUUCACAGGUGUUUC